UGGUCCUUAUAAGCAGACUCUGGAGACCAGGAGGACCAACAGGUCCGGAGGAUCCAGCCUGACAUGCCUGCUAAAAUCUUCCUCCUUUUACUGGUUGUCUCCGCGUUGGUCGCGUGCAGCCCGACCGAGGCAUGGUACAAGCAGAUGGACGGUCCCAGGUACUACUCCGUGGGCAGAGCGUCCGGUUUACUGUCCGGGAUCCGGAGGUCACCGUACGCCAGGAGAGCGGAGCUGGAAGCGUCAUACAGCGGGGAAGCUGCGGGCAACAGCGUGCUUUCCGAAUCAUGUCCUCACAGUUUCACCAUGAAGACGAUGUCUGUUUGCGUCAAAGACAUCACACCAAACCUGCAAAGCUGUGAACUCCAAGAACUCAAGGGCUUAUUUAAAUGUCAAGCGGACAUCUUCCUCUCUCUGGACUCUUCAGAUUGUGCAGGAGACUUUGACUCAAAGCCGACAGCCGGAUGAUGGAACCUACAUGUAGGAGAUUGACUUCUUAUAUCAGCAGGUGUUGGACUCUGCUGACGUUGUGCUACUUUUCCCGCAAUCAUAUUGAAUUUUAUGUUGUAUGAUUAAUGUAUUGUGAACGUACACAUUUAAUCCAACUUUCAUUAAAACAAGUCAUAUUGCAGCCGUGUUGACAUCA